AGUUUAAAAUAGCCUAGGAGAAGGGGGUAAAUUAUAAGACACGGACACGUCUAAAGAAAAACACGAAUGAAAUGGACAUUUCGGCGUCAACCGUUUGCUUAAAUUGAUUUAAUUCUGAUUUAUUUAUGAAAUGUUUAGACGUUUAGUCUCGGGAGAGUUAUUUAUUCUACAAUGGAAACAUUCUCAGUCGUCGACAUGUCUGAGAUUACUGUCGUGCAACUCCGUUAUCGGUCCCGACCGUGGACAGGACCUGUCGAGAGAGGAGCGAACUGUUCCGACCGAACGGACGUGUUCCUCAAACUCACAGGUUCCUUCCCGACCCGAGAAACAGAAACGGGUGUGUAAAGUCAUAUUGGACCGUUUUGACCAACAGUACGGUCAGGAACUUGGCCCCCUAUGGCCGUCUGCAAGGGCUGUGCUGUUGAACCCUGGGUGCUGGCAGUAUGGAGUGAUGCUCAACCUCUUCUCCUCUUCUCCUGUCUCCUACAGGGCUGUGUUGUUGAACCCUGGGUGCUGGCAGUAUGGAGUGAUGCUCAACCGUUUUGCUGCGGUGUCAGAGGUCAAACAACGCCUCCAAGGGCAAGGCUUCGUCAGCCUACUGCCCCACACAGACCUGCCUCUUAACUCCUCUCUCCCCCAGCCUCACCCUGCCUCUCCCACCCAGCCUAGCUCCAUCCCUCACCCUACCUCUCCCACCCAGCCCAGCUUCAUCCCUCACCCCGGUCCUCCUCCUCCCUCCCUGCAGUGUUUCAUCCACCCCUCCCCAGUGCGUUACCCCUCUCCUCCUCACCGCCAGGGCCAGUUGAAACCCUACUACCUGAUGAACGCUGCCUCCCUGCUGCCUGUCUUAGCCCUGGGGGUAGAGGAGGGGGACAGGGUCCUGGAUCUCUGCUCUGCUCCUGGAGGGAAGGCCUUGGCUAUACUACAGACUGCUAACCCAGCUCUGUUGUGUUGUAAUGAAAUGGACCCACACCGACGUGAUUGGCUGGCCAAAACCCUGGAAUCCUUCAUCCCCCAAUCGCUGAGCAGCACUGUCACCGUGUCCAAUCAGGAUGGACGGAUCUUUGGGCAGAGUGAAGCCGGAAUGUAUGACAAGGUUCUGCUGGAUGCUCCAUGUUCUAAUGAUCGUAGCUGGCUGUUCUCCGGACCAGGAGGGGAGCAGCAUGGAGCUGUGAGGCUGAGGGAGAGGGCCAGGCUGCCCACACUACAGACACAACUGCUCAGGUCUGCGCUGGCUGCGUUGCGUCCGGGGGGCGUGGCCGUCUACUCCACCUGCACGUUGUCCCGCUCUGAGAACCAGGAAGUGGUGGAGGCGGUCCUAAACACCUGUCCAGGGGUGGAGCUUCAAGACCUGGAGGAGGAGCUAGCCCUUCCGCUCCAGGAACACUUCACCUUCACCCCGUUAGGCCACACCCCCUCGUUAGGCCUCCUUGUGGUUCCACAGCAGGGUCAGACCUGGGGGCCCAUGUUCCUGUCGCGCAUCAAGAGGAUUCACUGAUUGGUUGAUUGACUCGCUGACUUCCUGUCACGCAUUAAGAGGACUCGCUGACUUCCUGUCACGUAUCAAGAGGACGAACUGACUGAGCAUGUCAGACGCUGAGGCUGGUCUUCGAUGGAUUCCACAAUGCAACAUGUUUUCAUGUGACGGCUACUGCUAACGAGCUAACUCUCUAGGGCUUGUGUUCCAAAUGCCACUCUAUAUAUAGCACACACAAGUAGUGCACUAUUUAGGGAAUAGGGUGCUAUUUAGGAAGCACCCUUUGUCUCACACGCUCUUUGCCCAUGUUCCUAUCUGGCAUCAAGAAGACCCACUGAACUCUUAAAGAAAGGUUAAAUAAAGAAUAAAUCCCAA